AUGACCAAUAGCAACCUGUCCAACGACCCUCUGCUUAUUGUCUACAUAACUAUUGAAGCCCUGAUAGGAUUGAUGGCCACCCUGGGAAAUGUUCUGGUAAUCUGGGUAGUGAGACUGAUCCCAGCCAACCAGAAUACUACUUUUUACUUCAUUGUGUCUCUGGCCCUGGCUGAUAUCGCUGUUGGGAUUCUUGUUGUUCCACUGGCCAUUGUAGUGAGCUUGGGACUUAAAAUGCACUUCUAUGCUUGCCUCCUCAUCUGCACCCUGUUGAUGGUUUUUUCUCAUGCAUCCAUCAUGUCCUUGAUGGCCAUAGCAGUCGAUCGGUACUUGAGAGUAAAGGUUCCCACACAGUACAGAAUAAUUGUUACCCGGAGGAGAAUCUGGGUGGCUCUGGGAACUUGCUGGUUCAUGUCUUUCUUGGUGGGUCUUGUGCCCUUGUUUGGAUGGAACCGAAGGAACCCCCAAAACCCCAGCUUCUUGGAAUGUCAUUUUCAGAAUGUGAUGAACCUAGAUUAUGUCGUGUUCUUCAGCUUCUUUUCCUUGAUCCUUGUUCCACUGCUGAUCAUGUGCAUCCUUUACGUAGAGGUCUUCCGUGUCAUCCAAAGACAGCUAAAGCAAACUGCAACAUCCGUCCAGGGAACAGGAAUAUUUUAUAGAAGGGAAUUUAGAACAGCCAAGUCUUUGGCCCUGGUCCUUUUUCUGUUCAUUGUGUGCUGGUUGCCUUUGUGCAUUCUGAACUCAAUCUCACGUUUCUGCCAAACUUGUAGAAUACCUCCGUUACUGUUCUAUCUAGCCAUUCUGCUCUCUCAUGCCAAUUCAGCUAUGAAUCCCAUUGUUUAUGCCCUCAGGAUCAACAAGUUCAGAAAAACCUAUAUUCUCAUUUUCAAAACGUUCAUUUUGCACAUGAAACGAGAACCUGAUGCUGAGAAUUCAUCAAUAGAUCAGUUGUCAGAAGAUACUCUCUGA